GUGCUGAAGACGUUGGCGUUGUGCACGGGCUACAUCGUGCUGAGCGGUGGUUUCGUCAACUUCGACCAGUACCUGAUGCACAAGGGGCGCUUCCCACACCCCAUGGCGCUCACGGCCAUGCACAUGUCCGCAAGCUUGAUGCUCACCUCACUGGUGCUGCUGAUGCGGCCGUCCGCCAUGCCCAGCGUGGAGGCGUACAAGGGGAAUAGUACGAAGCUCUACAAAUAUUUGGCGCCCAUGGGCUUCCUCUUCGCGAUCAUGCUUUACGGCUCCGACAGGGCCCACGUGUAUUGCAGCGUCGCGCCCUUGCAGGUCAUGAAGCAGGCGAACGUCGUGCUCGUCUUCACUUUCUCCACGAUGACCAGCUUAGUGUUCAUCGGCUUCGUGCUGCAGGGCGUGUCCCAGUUGGCCGAGUGCGCGCGGGCCUUCGUUGCCGAGCUCGUGGUCGCGGGCAUCGAGUUCGAGCUGUGCAUGUUGGUCCUCGGCAUCGGAAGCGCCAUCACGCGGGUGACCAAGGAGACCUCGGCGGUGGGGUUCAUCAUCGCUGGAGUGGUGAAGGACAUCUGUCUGGUCGUCUUCUCCUCGCUCUUAUUCCACGACCCGAUCACCGCCGAUCAGUGGCUCUCCUUCUCCGUCGGGGUCAUGAAGGGCUUCCCGGAUCACGCGACGACGACGGCAUCCCAGAAGCUGUUGGGCAUUGGCUACGGCCUGCUCCCAAGCGCUCCGCUGGGCAAGAGGCAGAUCGGCAGCGAGGCCACGCCGCUGCUGGGGGAGAAAAAG